CGUCUCCCUCCCCAUCGCCGUAGAGACGGUCUCCGAGGCGAGCGAAGGUGUCAGAGCGCGGAGAGGCAGGGGAAGCAUCGCAGCAGGGCUUCAGAGAUGAAGAAGGUCCAGGAGCACCAUCUCCGGGAGCCCAUAAUUCCAGACCUGCUGAUGAGCCCCAGCGACCAAGGAGAUGGGGACCUGGAGAUGGAGUACCCAGCAGAGAGAGGGAACUGGACCGGGAAGCUGGAUUUCCUUCUCUCCUGUAUUGGCUACUGUGUGGGGUUGGGGAAUGUGUGGCGGUUUCCAUACAGAGCUUACACCAAUGGGGGAGGAGCUUUCCUUGUUCCUUACUUCAUCAUGCUGGCAAUAUGUGGUAUCCCCAUCUUCUUCAUGGAGCUCUCACUAGGCCAGUUCUCCAGCCUGGGGCCACUUGCAGUCUGGAAGAUAAGCCCACUCUUUAAAGGUGUUGGGAUGGGCACGAUCCUGAUCGUCUCUCUGGUGGCCAUUUACUAUAACAUGAUCAUUGCUUACGUGCUCUUCUACCUCUUCGCGUCCCUGACAAGCAACUUGCCCUGGGAGCACUGCGGCAACUGGUGGAACACCGACCUCUGCUUGGAUCACCAGGUCAUCAAGGCAGGGAAUGCUGCCAUCCCAUUCAACAUCACUAACACCGUCAGCCCGAGCGAGGAGUACUGGAAUCGUUAUGUUCUGCAUAUCCAAGGGAGCUCUGGGAUCGGGGACCCUGGGCGAAUCCGCUGGAAUCUGUGCCUGUGUCUCCUGCUCUCCUGGGUCAUCGUGUACCUCUGUAUCCUCAAGGGAGUCAAAUCCUCCGGCAAGGUUGUGUAUUUCACUGCCACAUUCCCUUACUUCAUCCUGAUCAUGCUGCUCAUUCGUGGUGUGACACUGGAGGGGGCCUGGAUAGGAAUCAAGUUCUACCUCACACCCCAGUUUGAUCACCUGCUGUCUUCCAAGGUGUGGAUAGAGGCGGCUCUGCAGAUCUUCUACUCCCUUGGGGUGGGCUUCGGGGGACUGCUCACUUUUGCGUCUUAUAACACCUUCCACCAGAAUAUUUACAGAGAUACAUUUAUAGUCACCCUGGGCAAUGCCAUCACCAGCAUCCUGGCCGGGUUUGCCAUCUUUUCCGUCUUGGGCUACAUGUCGCAGGAGCUGGGCAUCCCGGUUAACCAAGUGGCAAAAGCAGGUCCCGGCUUGGCUUUCGUGGUGUACCCCCAGGCCAUGACGAUGCUUCCUCUUUCUCCACUCUGGUCUUUCCUUUUCUUCUUCAUGCUGCUGACACUGGGCCUGGACAGCCAGUUUGCCUUCAUGGAGACCAUUGUUACUGCAGUGACAGAUGAGUUUCCUUAUUACCUGCGGCCCAAGAAGGCUUUUUUCUCAGCCAUCAUCUGUAUCGCCAUGUACCUGAUGGGGCUCAUUCUCACGACAGAGGGGGGGAUGUACUGGCUAGUCCUGCUGGAUGACUACAGUGCUGGGUUUGGACUCAUGGUGGUGGUGAUUACAACUUGCCUGGUGGUGACACGUGUCUAUGGCAUGAAGCGGUUCUGCCGGGAUAUUCACAUGAUGCUGGGCUUCCAACCAGGGCUGUACUUUAAAGCCUGCUGGAUGUUCCUGACCCCGGCAAUGAUGAUGGCCCUGCUGGUGUACAAUAUAGUCAAGUACCAACCCUCAGAGUAUGGGAGUUACCGUUUCCCAUACUGGGCCGAGGUCCUGGGCAUCCUGAUGGGGUUGUUCUCCUGCCUGAUGAUCCCCGCAGGGAUGGUGGUCGCGGUGCUCAGAGAAGAAGGGACGCUGUGGGAGAGAAUCCAGCAAGCCAGCCGGCCAGCCAUGGACUGGGGCCCUUCUCUGGAGGAGAACAGAACCGGCAUGUACGUGGCUACCCUGGCCGGCAGCCAGUCCCCCAAACCCUUGAUGGUCCACAUGAGGAAAUACGGGGGAAUCACCAGCUAUGAGAACACAGCCAUCGAGGUGGACAGGGAGAUCGAGGAGGAAGAGGAGUCUAUGAUGUGAGGAGGCCACGAACCCGGUGGGGAGCAGAGAAUGGGGGACUGCACCCCUGAACUUGCACAGUUGCACUUAGGCACUUCGGGCCAGUUAACAGGCCUUUCUAGAGGCAGCUGCGAGCUGCUGACCUUCCAGCAUCCCACGGGAUGCUCUGGCCUCUCCAGGAGAACGCUGCUGAGAAUUCCAGUGUUGCUGAGAUUUUUGUUCAGUGUGGCAAGCUGUGUAAUGAAUGUGUGUGUUAGCUCUCCAGUGUCUGGGACCAGCUGCCUGCACCCUACCCUGCUCCAGGCCCAACCCACCCUGCCUGGGUGCCCUCCGCCCAGAGUUAUGACUCAUUGACCCCUGUGUAAAGACUGCGACAUGCACCCACUUUGCACUCCUUUUGCACAGGCAUCAGUGAGCAAGGCAGUGGAGAACAAGGCUAGUAGUUGUUGGUGGUGUUUGUUGUUGCUAAGCCUGUUUAACUCCAAUGACGCACGGACGUUGUGGAGAAAGGAUGUCUUUGUUAACCCCACCCUGUCAGUGGAGGGGUAUGAGUGCCUGUGUGUCCCACCCUUUCUGGGGUCCUCCAGCAACACCAGGUCCUCACGGUGCCUGUGGGUCCCACCCUUUCUGGGGUCCUCCAGCAACACCAGGUCCUCACGGUGCCCGUGGGUCCCACCCCUUCUGGGGUCCUCCAGCAACACCAGGUCCUCACGGUGCCCAUGCGUCCCACCCCUUCUGGGGUCCUCCAGCAACACCAGGUCCUCACUGUGCCCGUGCGUCCCACCCCUUCUGGGGUCCUCCAGCAACACCAGGUCCUCACGGUGCCCAUGCGUCCCACCCCUUCUGGGGUCCUCCAGCAACACCAGGUCCUCACUGUGCCCGUGCGUCCCACCCCUUCUGGGGUCCUCCAGCAACACCAGGUCCUCAUGGUGCCUGUGUGUCCCGCCCCUGCUGGGGUCCUCCAGCAAAACCAGGUCCUCAUGGUGCCCGUGUGUUCCGCCCCUGCUGGGGUCCUCCAGCAACACCAGUCCUCAUGGUGCCCGUGUGUCCCGCCCCUACUGGGAGCCUCCAGCAACACCAGGGAAGACCAGAGUGGCCAUUCCUGGUAAAUAAGUCUAGGGAAAAGAAACCCCAUGUUAUAAAACAAACCAACCCGCCCCCGGACAGGCCUUUCUGUGCACGACAGAGAAAGGUAAACCCUGGUCCUGGGAUAAAUCAAUCCUUUGCAGGUUGCUCUUAAGAGGUGCCAUUUGCACUCUGGGCCCCUGUUCACACAGCUGAAUUCAGAACCUCGGGGUGAGGCUGCGUCAGGUUAACCCCUCCGUGGACUGCAGCUGGUGGUGGGGCAGAGCCUCUGGCUGUGGCUGUCCCUCCCCUAUUCCCGCCCAGGGUGGAGCAGAGUGGGGGCUGGGAGGGGGCGAUGUCUAAUCUCGGCAGUGCCCCCCCAGUCACAAGCCCUGGGAGCAGAGUGCAGGACGGGGGGGGGGGGCACUUGGCGUGUGUUUUUUCCAUGUUUGCAAUGCAAAGGGGUCGGCCGACUCGCCCCUGAGCGAAGACUGCAGCAGGACCAGCCACGCGCUCUCUGGCACCGGUGGUCCGUUGUGCUGCAGGGCUUGUGCUGCGCUGACUAGCCCGUGAAUUAUGAAUGAGGAGCUAUUGGAAGUGUUACUAAAAUAACUUCACAGAAAGGAAUGGAAAAAACCUCUCUGCAUGGGCUCUUUGCAAGAUCCCACUCGCUGGGCACAGAGACCCCAUGCUGAGGGGCUGCCUCCAGAGUCUUCUCCAGGCAGGGACAGAAAUCCAGUCUCACUUCUUCUCCUCCAGUGCCAGAGUCCACUCAAGGGGGGCACGGAUCACGGAUCACCUUCCCUUGUAGUCCCUGUUAUUGAAGUUUGGGGGGAGGGUGCCCCUUAUCUCACAUGGUAAUAGGAAAAUCCUGGACUGGCAGUCAUUGCUUGCAUGACAUGGAGUAAAGUUCCAGGAACGUCCUGACUUGUCAAAGUCUCCAGGAAGUCCUCUCCCCACAUGGCCUGUUACAAUUUCUACACUAGGGUGAUCAGAUAGCAAGUGUGAAAAAUUGGGAUGGGGGUGGAGGGUGACAGGCAGCUACAUAAAACAAAGCCCUGAAUAUCGGGACUGUCCCUAUAAAAUCAGGUCUUCUGCUCACCCUAUGCUACACACAGCUCUCCACACCUUCCUCCCCCCGCAGUCUGAGGGUAUGUCUACCUGUGCACUGUGGGUACAUCGACACAGCAAAAAUCAGUCAAUCAAUCUGUGGCAGGGAGUCUCCGAGCUCGAUCAACUGACUGGGGCUUGCAGGGCUCAUGCUGCGGAGGUCAAAGAGCAGUGUAGACAUUCGGGUUCAGGCUGAAGCCCGGGAUAUGAGACCCUCCCCUGCUGCCAGGUUUCACAGCCCAGGUUCCAGCCCAAGCCUGAGCAUCUACACUGCUAUGUUUAGCCCACAGCUUGAACCCUGCAUCAGUUGACCUAGGCUCUUUGUUGUGUAGACAUAACCUAAGCCUGGGCUCUGACUCAGGUUUGAGCCCAAGUCCCACUUCUGUCCACACACAAAUCAGUCUGACCUGGAUCCUAGAACCCUGCUAGGGGAGUGGGUCAGAGUCUGCCAUCUGCUGUGACGUGGGUCCAAGCCCUGGCAAUUUGCAGCGUGGCUGCAGGUCAAGCCGCAGACCCAAGUCAGAAGGUCUGCGUAGCGCAGCAUGGAAGAAUUUGCAUGGCUGUGAGACCCGGGUCCAGCAGCUGUGAACCCAGGUUGACAAUGCAGUGUGGACGCUCAAGUGCAGGCUUGGAAACACUGAGUCCACAAGCCCAGGUCCACGGUGCAGUGCGGGGAUAUCCGCACUCGAGCUGGGGCUGCAAUCCCAUGUCAGCGCAAUCAGAGCUUGUGCACUAAAAACAGCAAUGAGCUGCGGUGGGAGGGGGUAGCUGCCCCCCAAUAGGUCCCGAGGGCCUCCCACGGGUUUGUACUUGAAGCUGCUAGGCCUUCCUGCUGCUGCGGUUACGUAGUGCUGUUAGCACACUAGCUUGAUCAGAGCUAGCGUGGGUCCGUCCCUCUGCGCCAGACUUCGCCCGUCCUGCUCCAGCGUAGCCAGGGCGUCAAUGAUUCUGGGUCAUGUGAUUUCCAACUUUGAAAGCCCGCCCCGCAGGGUCCUGGCAGCCGCUGUGUGUUUGUGCGUCUGUGCGUCAGCAGCUCAGCUCCUGCCGGUGCUGUUGUGUAUGGAGGGUGCAGGGCAUCCUCUUUUAAGGAGCAGCAGUUCAAUACCUAAGCUGCCCCCGUGGUGGUUUGUAGUGUACCCCGUGUUCGCCUACUGUGACGUGUGUUCUCGAGUAUCCGUGUGUUGUUGGUGUAACAUUGCAAACAAAUGAAGAUCCACCCUUCUGUGUGUGCUGUUUUCACUGCACACUGGGCUUGAAAUGGGCUGGUUCCGGGCAGCUCCCCAGCUCACUCGCUCUUGCGUUAUUAACGCACCAGUUGUGUAGUGGCUAGACGCCACCUUGUGGGGGAGGAGGGUUAUUUCCACUUCGAGCUGAGCAGUGGUUCAGACACAGCAUUGAAGGGCCCAAACUUCUCCCUUAACCUGAGCUCAAACCCGAACACAGGCUCCAAACCUACCGGUUCCUUCCUAGAGGCCAGGGAGCCCAGUGCAUCAUCUCCCAAAACCACCCAGAGAUCUGCCCCAUGGAGGGUCUUGGGCUGCUGUUUUUCAUAUUCAUGAUCCUCUGCACAGCCAGUUGUGUAGACGCUGAGUACGUCUACACAGGGAUGAAAAACCCAUGGGAGACACACCCUUAGAGACCAGAAGCAGACACACCAACGUACCACCAGUAAGGUUGUGCUUGGGGGUUCUUCCAGCUGGGAAGCUCGCAAAGCUGGACUUCUUCCUCGACACCCUGAUUUCCACGGCUGUAU